UGAUAAGUCAUUCGUGUUAUCGCUUGAAUAAUAUGGAAUUAAACCUUCUACAGUAUAUGUUUUGUGGUCUUACCUGUUUUUUGUGCGUGUUGUGUCAGUUUUGUGUUUGAGCACAACACAUAAGUGGUUAUACGAUUUGGUAGUAGUUUAUUAUUUCAAAAAUUAUCACUUGAAAAUUCCCUUGUAAUUCGUGUCGACUGACCAGAGUCCGCGAAUUAUUACGGUUGGUAUUAGAAUUUUGUGAAAAUGACUGAACAACAUAGAUUUGGAAAUAAUCCGAUUACGUGCCAUGCUUGGAAUGCGGAUAAAACUCAUGUUGCAUUGUCUCCCAACAACAAUGAGGUCCACAUCUAUCAGCGCAAUGGGGCAGAUUGGAAACAGGUGGACACACUGAACCAACAUGAUUUGCGAGUUAUGGGAAUUGACUGGGCCCCAAAGACGAAUCGUAUUGUGACCUCCAGUGCAGAUCGAAAUGCGUAUGUUUGGUCUCAAGACAAGGAUGGGAAGUGGAAGCCAACCCUAGUGCUGUUGAGAAUCAACCGCGCGGCUACUUGCGUGAAGUGGUCGCCAGAGGAGAAUAAGUUUGCUGCUGGCUCAGGAGCACGGCUUAUUUCCAUUUGUUACUUUGAGAAGGAGAAUGAUUGGUGGGUGUCAAAACACAUUAAGAAACCAAUCCGGUCUACCAUCACCUGCCUAGACUGGCACCCAAACAAUUGCCUGCUAGCAGCCGGUUCUUCGGACUUUAAGGUGCGCAUCUUCUCAUCGUACAUCAAGGACAUCGAAGACGUCCCCAAGGCGACCCAGUGGGGGGCGAAGAUGCCCCUGGGCCAGCUCAUGACUGAAUUUGUGAACCAGAACGCACCUGUCGGAUGGGUCCAUGACGUCAGCUUCUCGCCGGACGGCAACAAGAUAUGUUGGGUGUCUCAUGAUUCCUCCAUCAAUGUGGCCGAUGCUACAAAAGGAAAUGGAGUAUACAGAUUGCGUACGGAAUUUCUGCCGUUCCUAAGCUGCACAUGGGUUACAAACAACAGCAUUGUAGCUGCUGGACAUAGCUGUAUCCCUGUCCUCUACACAUUAGAUAAAGAUGGGCAGAUGAAUUUCUUAGCUAAACUAGACACGUCGGCGAAGAAAGAAAGUGGAGGAUUAUCUGCAAUGAAAAUGUUCCAUUCGCUAGAUAAACAAGCCAGGAUCGAAAUAUCAGAUACAAAUUUGGAUUCAAUUCAUCAGAACCAAAUUACCUGUUUGCGUAUCUAUGAAGGCACUAAGGAGAAGGCUACCAAGAUAUCCAGCUCGGGAGCUGAUGGAUUACUUGUUAUUUGGAACUUAAAUGCUUCAUCUUUAUCUCUUGAGAACCUGAAAAUUUAGCAAUGUUAAUUUCCAAAAAAUGCUGAUGAUUUUUUAUGCUCGUGAUUAAACGAUUAUCUUUUAAAAAUUUUAUUAUACGGAUUGGACAAAACAUGUAAUAGAAUUUUAUUUGUAUUUUUAAAUAAAGUGUCCGUUUGAUUCA